AAGUUCUCUUCUAGGUUUUCCUAGGAGAAUUCCACCCUUUUCCAUUCUGGGGAGAAGAAGUUAAAAUUAGGGCCAGCCCUGCUGUACUGGUGUGCCAGAUGCAGGGAAGCUGUCCCCAGAAAUAAGCUGGUUCCCACCGCGGAUGGGCGGGGCGGGGCGCCUCCAGUCCCGGCCCAUCGGAGGGGCUGCUCAAAGGCCUGCCCCCUCCAAGUGUCUGCAAGGGGUCUGGUCCCAAGCUUUAAAACCCUGAGCCGAGGCGCUGCAUCCCCACCUCUCCUCUCCCGGCCAGUCCUAGCUGGUUUUUCAAAAGUGUGCAAUUGUCUCCUUCCCGCCCAGCCCCAAUCCUCGCCCGGGACCAGCUGUGCGCCAGGCCGGCUUCACUCAGGACGCGAUCUGACCCGCGGCUGACCGAGCGGCGUGCACCAGUCAAGCACCCCAGCUUUCCGCUCGGCUUCCCGAGCCGCUCCGCAAAGUUGGGCAGCUCCAAGCGCACGCUCAGCCUCUCGACUUCUCCCUCCCCGGGUCCCCGGCGCCCCCGCUCCGGUUUACCGGAGCAGCCGGUCCCAGCGGGCUGGCAGCUCGCACCCCUUUCCGGUCGUCCUUCCUCCCCGAAGCGCGACCAUGCUGCUAAGGGGCGUCCUCCUGGCAAUGCAAGCCCUGCAGCUUGCGAGCGCCCUGGACCUGCCCGCCGGGUCCUGCGCCUUUGAAGAAAACACCUGUGGCUUUGACUCGGCGUUCGCGUUCCAGCCCUGGAUUUUAAACGAGGAAGGCCACUACAUUUAUGUGGACACCUCCUUUGCCAAGCAGGGGGAAAAAGCUGUGCUGCUAAGUUCUGACCUACAGGCUGAGGAAUGGAGCUGUCUCCGACUGGUCUACCAGAUAACCACGUCUCCAGGGUCAUCAGACACCAGCCGGCUGAACCUCUAUGUGAGAUUUGAAGAUGAAAGUUUUGAUCGCUUGCUUUGGUCUGCUAAGGAACCUUCAGACAGCUGGCUCAUAGCCAGCUUGGAUUUACAAAACAGUUCCAAGAUAUUCAAGAUUUUAAUAGAAGGUGUGCUCGGACAGGGAAACACGGCCAGCAUCGCACUCUUUGAAAUCAAGGUGACAACCGGCUACUGUAUUGAAUGUGACUUUGAAGAAAAUCAUCUCUGUGGCUUUGUGAACCACUGGAACCCCAACGUGAACUGGUUUGUCGGAGGAGGAAACAUUCGGAACUCCCCUUCCAUUCUCCCGCAGGAUCACACCUUCAAGAGUGAACUGGGCCACUACAUGUACGUGGACUCAGUGUACGUCAAGCACUUCCAGGAGGUGGCGCAGCUCAUCUCCCCGAUGACCACGGCCCCCAUGUCCGGCUGCCUGUCAUUUUAUUACCAACUCCAGCAGGGGAAUGACAAUAGCUUCUCCCUCUAUACUCGGGAUGGGGCCGGCCUUUAUGAGGAAAUCUGGAAAAUGGACCAGCCAGGGAAUGCUGCCUGGAAUCUGGCUGAGGUGGAGUUCAGUGCGCCGUACCCCAUGGAGGUUAUUUUUGAAGUUGCUUUCAAUGGUCCUAAAGGAGGAUAUGUUGCUCUGGAUGACAUUUCUUUCUCUCCUGUUCACUGCCAGAAUCAGACAAAGCUUCCUUUCAGUGCCGUGGAAGCCAGUUGCAAUUUUGAGGAAGAUCUCUGCAACUUUUAUCAAGAUAAAGAAGGUCCAGGCUGGACCCGGGUGAAAGUAAAACCAAACAUGUAUCGGACCGGAGACCACACAUCAGGCAUCGGGUACUACUUGCUGGCCAACACAAAGUUUACAUCUCAGCCUGGCUACAUCGGAAGGCUCUACGGUCCCUCCCUGCCAGGAAACUUGCAGUAUUGUCUAUGUUUUUAUUAUGCCAUCUAUGGGUUUUUAAAAAUGAGUGACACCCUGGCAGUUUAUAUCUUUGAAGAGAACCACGUAGUUCAAGAGAAAAUUUGGUCUGUGCUGGAGUCUCCAAGGGGUGUUUGGAUGCAAGCUGAAAUCACCUUCAAGAAACCCAUGCCUUCCAAGGUGGUUUUCAUGAGCCUUUGCAAAAGUUUUUGGGACUGUGGCCUGGUAGCCUUGGACGACAUUACAAUAGAAUUGGGAAGCUGCUCGUCUCCAGAGAGGCUUCCACCAGCACCUGGAGAGUGUACUUUCGAACAAGAUGAGUGUGCAUUUACCCAGGAGAGAAGAGACCGGAGCAGCUGGUACAGAAGGAGGGGAGAGACGCCCACCUCCUACACGGGACCUAAGGGAGAUCACACUACUGGGGUAGGCUACUACAUGUACAUCGAGGCCUCCCACAUGGUGUAUGGACAAAAAGCACAGCUCUUGUCCUGGCCUCUGAGAGGAGUCGCCAGAAAACAGUGCUUGACCUUUUUCUACCACAUGUAUGGAGCAGGGACCGGCCUGCUGAGUGUUUAUCUGAAGAGGGAAGGUGAGAGUGAAGAGUCCCUCUUAUGGAGAAGACGAGGUGAACAGAGCAUCUCCUGGCUGCGAGGGCUGAUUGAAUACAGUUGUGAGAGGCAACACCAGGUAAUUUUUGAAGCCAUUCGGGGACCGUCUGUGAGAAGUGAUAUUGCCAUUGAUGAUGUUAAAUUCCAAGCAGGACCCUGCACAGAAAUGGAAGAUUUAACUCAGCAAUCAUCAGGAUAUUCUGAGGAUUUAAACGAAAUUGAGUUUUAAGAAAUGAUCUGAAUUGGAUCAACUAAACAAGAGCCAUACCUCUCUUCCAUCGAAAUGAAAGCAGAACGAAUGAAUACUGGACAGUCUUAACCAUUUCAUAAGUUAUAAAAUGACUUCACAGCACAGCACUCUUUUUCAUUACUUUUGCAAAAAAUACUGACUCAGGGCUUUUUGUUUUGUUUUGUUUUGUUUCCUUUUCUGCGUAUGACAACUGUUAUGAAAGUACAGGAUGUUGAUUUUGCAAAGAUCACUCCUCUUAAUUUUGGUUCCAGUUAAAAAUGCAAAUGUACUGUAUUGCAGUCAUUUUAAAGUAUGCAAAUGAAGGGCACAAGCAAAAUGAGAUGUGCUCAUUUAACUCUGCAUUCAGUGAAUGUAUUGGGAGGAGACUAAGUCUUGCAGGUUUCUUUUUGAAUUUCAAGCAUCAUUAAUUAUUUUUAAAGUAAUAAUAUGAGGUGUCAGUAGUAUCUGCAGAAUGAAUGCAGUUUUUUUCAUGGUAACAAGUCAGUCUAAGAAAAUAAAAUCUUCUUGCCUAUGUUUUAUUCAUAGAAAGGGAGAUUUAAUUUUUUUGGAGUAUUAAUUUUUAAGUAUUUUUACCAUAUGUGAUAACAAAGGGUCUUUUCAUGAAUGUCCCAGGGUAAGUCAGUAUUAAUUAAUGCUGUAUUACAAGGCAAAUGCUACCUUCUUUUUUCCCCCUUUGAACUCCUUUGAAAGUCACUCUGAACACAUGGAUUAGAAAUUGCACUCUUUUUUUGUGAAGCAAGCUUGAAAAUGUUUAUGGACAUACACCCAAAAUUUUUUAGGAUAUGUUAAGCAAUUUUACCAGGUUUUUUUAUUAAAUGGUUUGGUAAGGUUUUGAGUAAUAUGAAUUCAGGCAGAUAUACUAAACUACUGCUUUUUAUUUACAUGUUUAGAAAAUUGUAUAUACAUAUUUGUAUACCCAAACAGCUCUCAUAAGAUUACCUAAUAAAAGGUAAUUUGAAAAUCUU